CAGAAAAUGGACAGAAGAUGAGAGAAUGAAAAUGAAGAUCUCGGCUCUACAGACUGAACUGAAGGGAGCAUUAAAAUCACUGGAACAUAAAGACCAACAGCUGGAGGAUUAUAAAAGACAAAUAGAGAAUAAAGAUACAGAACUGAGAAACAGAGAGAAAAUCAUCGAGGAGAAAGACGUACAACUCAAAGAUACAAAUACAACACUAGAGAAGACGAGUAAAGAGCUAGAGGAGAGAGACAGAGCUCUACAUGAGAGAGAUCAACAACUGAAACUGAAAGACACACAGAUACAGGAGACACAAAUACAAGUGAAGGAAAAGGACAACAGACUUGUGGAGAAGGAGAAAGAAUUAAAUGAUAAAAAUGAAGAGCUGAAGAUUCUAAAAGAACGUUUAGAGACUAAUGAGAAGACUCUUUCUGAGAGAGACGCAGUGUUGAUGGAAACAAAUAAUAAACUUCAACAUGUUACUGAACAAGUUAAAGAGAAAAACACACAACUGGAGAAUAUGAACAAACUGCUGAGUGAGAAAGAAACACAGAUAAAGAACACAGAUAAAGAACUGGAAACCAGUAAAAACAAACUGGAGACACUGAAACAGGAGUUGCAGGAUGAGAAGAGACAACUACAGGAGAUGAUGAUCGUACUGGAGCAACAAAAAAAUGAGUUAUCAGAAAAAAACAAACAGCUUGAAGAGACAGAGAGACGUCUAACUGAGAGAGAGACACAGCUAAUGGAGAGAGACAAACAGCUUCAGGAGAAAGACAAAUGCCUACACUCUAAAAAAUGUUGGGUUGUUUUUUCUACCCAAGCGCUGGGUUGCCUCUGUUGGGUCAUUUUUCUGGGUUAUUUACAGAGAGUUGGGUAGUUUUUGUGUAACCCAGCUGCUGGGUUGAAGUUUGAUUGGCUCCUCCCCCAAAGUUCACCGGUGUAUUCAGCGGCUGUCAGUCAGAGCUUCUUGUCUCUCUUGAGCUCCCACACCGCUGAUGACGGUUCAUUUAAGGGAAAAUGACGUUAAAUACAAGGUCUGUAUACACAUGUUCACUCACCUAAGUCACAUAUGACUGAAAUAUUAUUACUAUAUGUGAGAUUUAUUACUGUUACCGUGUUAAGGUUACACUUAAACUUUCAGGCUGGUCUGAGGUAAGAUAAUUUAGCCGACAAUAGCUGCUAUAGUUAGCCAAAGAACCCCACCUGUGUCUGAAGGAAACGGAUAAGAUGUCUGGGUUUUUUAUCUUUCUCUGUAGAA